GUCUUCAGCAAUGUUUGUGUUGACGUUAUUGUGUUUUCGAUGCAUAACUCAGUCAUCACUUCUGUCAUCGAUUUAAUGGUAAAUAGAUUUGAAAGAUAUUAUCAUUGAUGACAAUGGAUGUGAUCGCAGCGGUUAAGCUUUACUUGAAUCGUAUGGUUGAAGAAUGUGGUAUUGGACUCAAAGUACUUCUUAUGGAUAGACAAACAAUAUCAAUCGUAAGUUUAGUAUAUUUACAAUCAGAAAUGUUACAAAAAGAGGUUUACUUGUUUGAGACAUUGGAUAACUUAAGCCGAUUGUCGGAACCGAUGAAGUACUUGAAGUGCAUUACAUUUGUGAGACCAACACAAGUGAAUAUUGAUUUGUUGCGACAAGAGCUAAGUCGACCACAUUUCGGUCAAUACCACAUAUUUUUCUCCAACAUUAUCAGCAAAACAGAUAUCAAGUGUUUAGCCGAAGCCGAUGAGUGCGAAGUAGUAAAAGAUGUCAACGAAUAUUAUUGCGAUUUCUUGGCUAUUAGUCCUCACUUGUUCUCCAUUAAUAUUAACAAUACAUAUCACGGAUGGAAGAGUUGGAACCAAACAGCUCUUCAGCGCAGUUCUGAAGCCAUUAUCAGUGUUUUGUUAGCAUUGAAGAGAAAUCCAACGAUAAGAUACCAAUCAAACAGUGAAUUAUGUAAACGAUUGGCCGAAAGUAUACGACAAACCAUUGCAAGAGAGGGACUAUUGUUUGACUUUAGAAAGAGUUCAUUAAAUCAUUCCAAUACUUAUGAACCGACAGUUCCACCAGUUUUACUGAUUUUGGAUCGAAAAUUGGAUCCAAUCACUCCAUGUCUUAAUCAAUGGACAUAUGAGGCACAGUUACAUGAAUUGCUGAACAUUAACAACAAUCGCAUCAAUCUUUCCAAUGUUCCCGGAGUUAAAGAUAUCAAAGAAGUGGUUUUAUCUCAAGAACACGACGACUUCUACCAAAAAAAUAUGUAUCUAAAUUAUGGUGAAAUUUGUGCUAAUAUUAAGCAAUUGAUGGAUGAAUUUCAAAUUAAAACGAAAAGCCAGAAAAAAGUUGAGUCAAUAGCAGACAUGAAGUCUUUCAUUGAGACGUAUCCACAGUUUAAGAAGAUGUCUGGAACUGUUACAAAACAUGUGACUCUAAUCGAUGAACUCUUUAGAUUGGUUUCACUUCAUAAUAUUUUUGAAGUAUCAGAAGCUGAACAAGAGUUGGUUUGUCAAUCUGAUCGAUCGGAAUCUUUAAAAAAAGUCAAAAGAUUAAUAUCCAGUGAGAAAAUCCGUGAUUUGGAUGCUAUGAGACUUGCGAUGUUGUUUGCCAUACGAUUUGAGAAGAAUAGUGAAGAUAUUCAAGAAAUUACUCAUUUGCUUAAAAGGAAAGGGAUUAGUGAUAAGCAAAUAAAAUUGGUGUCUCACAUAUUAAACUUUAUCGGAACUAAACGUCAGACAACUAUUAGUGCCACAGAACUGUUGAGUACAGAACACGUCAAGUCUUUUACCAAAAAGAUGAUAAAAGGUUUAAAAGGUGUGGAAAACAUAUAUACACAGCACUCGCCGGUACUCAAAGAGAUUCUCGAAGAUCUGAUAAAAGGAAAACUUAAAGAAGUUUUAUAUCCAUAUUUGGGAACAAUUCAAUUACGAGAUAAACCUCAAGAGAUUAUCGUUUUUAUGAUCGGCGGCACUACUUAUGAGGAAUCGUGUGUUGUUAAUGAACUCAACCGAACAUUUAGUGGAGUAAAAAUACUUUUGGGUGGAACUACUGUUCAUAAUUUUAAAUCAUUUAUGGAUGAACUGAAUAAUACGGCUCAAGAUAUUGGAUCGACCACUUCGGGUACAAUAAGUUUCACUGAUAGACAUCGCAUCUUAUGAUUGUUUAUUUGCA